GGUCAGUCAGUCGUCUAAACGUCUCGACAUGAACAUCUUUUUAGAUUCUCGCUGCUCCAUUUCUGCAGUUCUCCUGCUUUUCCUUCUUCAGGGGUCACGAGCUGCAGAUGUUCAUGUGCACAAAGCUGUCGGAGACUCACUGGAUUUAAUCACUGAUUAUCCAAAAGAAGGUCUUGUGGAAGUGCGGUGGAUAUAUAGUGGGAAGGAUUUAGCUGUGUAUGAAAAAGAUCAGAUCAAACCGGUGAAUCCUCCAUUAUUUCAUGAAAGGUUAAAGUUGUAUAAGGACAAUAUUAGUAUAACAAUAUUAGACCUGAAACUCCAGGAUUCUGGAAGAUUCACUAUUGUUGCAGAAGGAAAAUCUGUUCAACUUCCAACAAAAUUCUUUGUGCUGCACGUUCAUGAUCUCAUCAGAGAUGUCCAGAUUGAGGUCAUUAAUUCCUGGCGAGAGUCAAAAGACAUGUGUGUGUUUCAUCUUCGGUGUGUGUCGUCUGGCGAUCUGAAUCCCUCCUACAGCUGGACUGGAGAUCCGGUCCGAUCCGGACAGAACCAGAACAUCAGCCUCCAUCCAGCAGAGAACGCUACAGUCUCCUGCACCGCCAAGAACACCGUCAGCAUCAAGAGCACUAACCAGACUGUAGUGUGCACAGGGACGGGUGCAAGGUUUUGUGUAAAAAGUUGAAUACUUAAGUAUUAAUAAGGAUUAUAUAAUUAAAAAUUGUAUAUUUUAAAAUAAAUAAAGACCACUAAAAACAGGCCAACUAUUUUUAGACCCUUUGAAUGCAAGGUUAUGUGUCUAUAUUGGUUACAUUGCCCUAAAAUGAUCUUCUGUUAUUCAUGGCGAAUAAUAGAAAAGGGGGCACAAUUAAAAGCAGGAUGAUCUAUACCCUUCACAGUUUAUUAAAAAUGUAUUUAAUAAUGUUGGCUCAGACAUAGUAUUUGAUUAUUUGCAAUUAUGAAGCUGAAGCAUUAAUGAAUAAAGGAAAAAUAAGAUAUCUGUGUGAGAUCUUUUAAAAAUGCUACAACAUCUCUUGUAAAAAUUGAGACACACUCAUACAAACUUCAACAAUGGAAAUAAGAACAUUUUCAAAUCUAAAUACUGUUUUGUUUUGGGUGUAUGGUCAAUAAAUAAAGGAAUUAAAAAGAUGGGCACAAAACCAGU